CAGUUUUAAUUGAAGACCAGCGUUGACAAACCAGGCCUGGGCCAUGGCAGGGUGUGGCUCACGUCAUAAAGUCCGCCGAUGGCCUGUGUCAGACAUCACUGGGCAUCAACACAAGACUGUGUUUCCUGACAAUUGUCACGCCAAUGCGAAAGAGUUUGUGUUCGUUGUUGGCGAUUCACAUCUCAGAUCUUUUGCUGAUGGAGUUGUGAACAUGCCAGAGGGUCAGCUGUCCUUUGGUUUUAUGGCCACACCUGGAGGAGAUGCAACAGCGCUGCGUUUGGAGAUCUCCCAUCUUGGUGAUACUCCACGUACUCCAGAUGCAGUGUGCCUGCUUGCUCCAGGGAACAACAUGACCUCAAGUCGCACUAUUGAGGAGGCUGCCAGGGCCUUUGGGACUCUCCUCAGUGUUGCAUUGCAACACUGGCCAAACAAGGUGUUUGUGGUGGAUUUUCCCAUACGACAUGUACAUGCAACACUGGAAUACCAGCUUCUGCUAAAGCAGGAAUAUCACCGAGUUGCAGCAAAGAUGGGAGUGCGGUAUUUCUCAACAAAUGAUGUUUUCCAGCCAUCCAAAAGGCAUCUCUGGUGUCAGGAUUUGGUACACCUAAGUGAUGACAAAGGUAUGCCUCUCCUUGCGGACUUCAUUUGGAACACUUCAUACAGCAUCCUGCACACCCCUGUCAAUCCUGUGCCACUUAGAGUGCAUCCUACACUCAAACGAUGCUUCCACAAAAACAAGAAGAAGCAUGGUAGUUCAUCACAGCCACAGUGUGUUGCUCCAUCUCAGCGCUCAGCAACAUCCUAUCGGCCCUUUCCAGCUGUUAAAAUGAAGUAUGUCGACCAUGACCAAUGGACACACCUGCUGCCUACUGUUCCAGAUGUAAGGAUGCAGGUUCGGGACCGGCGUCAUUGUAUACAUCAGCAUGCUGCCAAAGGACUGUUUGUUGACAUACAGCAACGAAUUCUCAGUGGGGGUAGGAUGGAACGCAUCUUUGACACAUACGUCCUAUGUUACCCUUCGGGCUACCGCCAGAACGUCAAACCUGUCCAUGAGCCAGCACCCAAGUCUGUGGCUGAGAAGAAAUCUCCGCACAUCAAAAAGCUAAGUGGUGCUGGUUCACGUCAUGUGAACACAGACCUCCGAAACCAGCUUCAAGGAACAACACCUGGCUGCCUACUUCAGCAUCUCCAUAAAUGGACCCCAUCUUGA